GCGCGAAGUGAGUCACUUCCGGGUUUGACUCAGAAAGUUUUUGGACUGAUCAGCUGAUCUUCAUUAUUUUCUUGUGCUUAAAAAAUAAUAUUUCGUCUUCAAGCGACAGAACACAGGGCACAGGAAUGGCUCAUGCCCAGCCAGUCCAGGACCUUCCCUAUGUCUCCUGGACUGAUAUUAAACUGGACAGGAAGAUAGGAGAGGGGACCUUUGGUACAGUACACCUGGGGACACUAGGGAAGGAGACAGUUGCAAUCAAGGUGCUGGCCUUCGAAGAAUAUCCUCCAGACCUCAGUGAACCAUCUAAUCUUCUGGCUGAGAACCUGAGAGAGGAGGCACAAGUCAUGCUGCAGAUACAAACAGAAAAUGUGGUGAAGUUGAAAGGAGUAUGCAUGGACAAAGGACAUUACUCCAUAAUCAUGGAGUACAUGCCUAGAGGAACACUUCCAGAUGUCCUACAGAAUUUAGACAGACAGCUGUCCUGGCCAGAACGUCUCCUGAUGUGUCUGGACGCUGCCCGCGGUCUCAGGACCAUCCACCAUCCUCAUGGCAACAUUCCGGCCAGGCUACACGGUCAUCUCAGCUCGGACGCCUUCCUGGUCAACAAUGAGCUCAGGGUCAAGCUGUCUGACUUCUGCACAACCAAGACAAGGUCAUCUAUCAAGAGGAAAGGUCGGCGUGGUCGCAGGAGCACAGUCGCCUACCUGGCUCCAGAACACCUGAAGGAGAUCCACGAAGCUCCAGAUUAUUCCUCAGAAGUGUACAGUUUUGGUGUCAUCAUGUGGGAGAUAGUAUCCCAGAGAAUAGCACAUCAAGAAAGACGAGGAACAAAUGAGUCAUCAAUCCGCAGAUUUGUGUUGGAAGAAGAAGGAAGUGAAGAUUUGCCAGCUGACUGCAGUCCACAGCUGAAAGACAUCAUAGACAAAUGCAGGAGCCAUGAACCAGCGAAUAGACCACAGAUGACAGGCCCCGUCUGCGCACCCUCCGACGACGUAACCCACAUCAACAGCAACGAUAUACGUGUGCUGAAAGAUAUAGGACCAGGGACGUUUGGGACCGUGCACCUGGCUGAUUACAAUGGUCAACAGGUGGCUAUCAAGAAGCUGGGGUUCGAAGACUACCCAUGGCACCUCCCUGAGCCGACGAGGUAUUUGCGGAAGAGCUUACUGGAAGAAGCGGCGGUCAUGCAGCAGAUACAGACCGAGAACGUGGUUCGGCUGUUCGGCGUGUGUUUAGAACCCGCAAACUAUUUUAUCAUCAUGGAGUACAUGCCGAGAGGAUCACUGCUCGUCCUUCUCCUCAGCAACACCCCCUUAUCAUGGCCACAGCUCCUGCAGUUCAGCACAGAUGCCGCCAGGGGUCUCUGUGCCCUCCAUCACCCAAGCAACUGUCCACAGAGAGUUCACGGUAACUUGACGACAUCAACAUAUCUCCUUGAUGCCAACAUGCGAGUUAAGCUUUCAGACUUCUGUGCUACGAAGACGAAGUCGUCGGUCAAAAGAUACACCAAGUUCAGGCGAGGAAGAAGCACAGUCGCUUACGUCGCGCCGGAGAAUCUUAGAGAUAUCAACGCAACGCAGACUGCGGCUUCAGAGGUGUUCAGCUUCGGUAUUGUUCUGUGGGAGAUAGCAUGCAGGAAAAUUGCACAUGAAGAUAUAAGGUACGAUGAGAAACAGAUUCACAAGUUCGUCCUGGAGGAGAGAAGAACACAGGCUAUACCCGCCAACUGUAACAGCUCUCUCGCCGCUAUCAUAGAAAGAUGUAGGAAUUUUGAAGAAACAAAGCGACCGACAAUGCAGGAUACAGCUAUGGAGUCGUCGGAUGUUGAGAUGGACUGGGCAGAGGAGACUGGCUGUGUGGAAUGGGUCAGCAUCAGUUGUGGACGUGGGACAUGGGAGCGGGUGGAGGUAAAACAACACCAGUCAUACAAAAGUUCCUCGGCAACAACUGGAAAGAGAUCAUCAAAGAAGGAGAGGAAAAAAGAUAAAAGCAAGAGAGUAGCUGAGGAUGGGAGUGAGCUUGACAUGUCACACAGUUUGGGCUUUGGACAAGAACAAAUUAAAGGUGCUAGCGUUGAUCUGCAUUCUGAAGUUACGAGCAGUGCACAUAGUAGCCACAGAAAAAAGAGAGUAAAGAUACAGGAUGACAAACAGGAUGAAUCUAUUCCAGACCGCUACAUCACAGAGCAUUCAGAUAAACACAGCAAGCGUGAAGGAAAGAGACGACACAGGGAAAGAACAGAGCAGCGAUGGAGGGAUGAAAGGAGAAGGACAGGGAAAUUACCAGUUAAUUAUUUGCAUAGUGGAAAGAAAAGUAGAGGAGACAGUGAAUUACGGCGGCACAAUAACAGAGGAAGAGGGAGUUUAGAUGAUAAUAGAGAUAAAGAAAAGCAUGCAAAGCAUCGUAAACAUAGGCUAAGCAUUAGUCAUCCCAAGAGAAAAGAGGUAUCAAAGACAAAGACUAAAAAUUACGAAGGGAAAGAGCACAAGAAUGACGACCACAAUGAGCUGGAAAUCGAUGGUUUUGUAAUGGGAGAAAACAGUGUAAGCAACUCUAACCUUGAGGAGAAACAGUGUGCUUUCACUGAGGCAUGUAGUAAAAAGGAAGAUGAGAAAGACAUUCUCCCAGGAAAAUACGAAGAUGGACUUGACGUAGAAGUUGCUAAAAGGCCUAGAAGUCUCCAGAGCACCCCCGACUAUUCCAAGCAUAGCAAUGAAGCAUUUAAGCAAGAACCACAGUGUAACAAUGUAUCUGUAGCUGUGCAGGCUGACGGCGAUGAAAUGAUACAGAUGGGAGAGAUAAAAGAAACGUCUUCAGCUGGAACUCAAACAGAAUUGAACAGUGAAUGGUCCGCGGAUGUUUCCAUACAGACUAAUCAAACGGAGUGGCUGAGAGACUUCUCGGUACAAGCAUCUUCUGUUGUACACUCAAUGCACACCCAGACAAGUGCGGAUGAACAGAAGUCCCAUUCAACAAGUGAACCUCAAGUGCAAGUUGUAGGGUGUCAAACUGAUCUGCCUGCUCUGGUUGGAACUCCUGCAGCGUCCCGUAAUGCAGGCGUACAGGUGAAGAAUGACUAUUGGUCCAGUGAACAAGGAACGCAGACUACGCCACAGACAGUACAUUCCGUACCCUGUCAGACGGCUUUCAUGGACACGGAUACUAAAGACACAGGUCGUACAUCAAGCGAUACUGACAUCGGGCCGGCGCCGCCACAUUCACAAGUAGCAGAUCCGCGGAUGUUCACCGCAGCUGGUGCUGAACAGCCUUCCGUUGGCAAACGCGAGGAAAAUCACACUGUAUGUUGUUACGACAGGCGAGCCGACGAAAUACUAUCGCAACAUUCCGACCGAAAUUCGGAAUCUAACAGGAAUAUUGACCCAGACGGAGAAACAUCGGAGCUCCAUCAACCCCGGGUUAACCCGAUUGUGUCUCCACCUCCGGCUGGAUGGCCCGUAGAUGGUUCAGACCUCCCGAGGCUGCUGGAAGCUUACCGGAUUCUCUACAAUCAUUAUGUCGCUUUCCCCACAGAAGGUUCUUCUAGUGGCACACGUACCGUCUUGCCAGUGGGACAUGCUGCCGUGACUACCGCUGAUACGAAAGAAGUUACUAGCACCGCAAAACCGCUUCUAGUCUCCACGACUGAAAUGUCUUACAUUAAUGGUAUCGGAGAGACUGUUGGUGUGUGCAAAUCCUCAAGAAAGGAACGCUGUGAUGGGAUUGAAGGUAAUCUGGUACCUGACACCGAGGAUGGAUGGGACGGCGCACCCAUACCAGCAAAUGAAGAACUGGCACGAAAAGAAGCCGACUGCACUAUGGUGAAUGAUUCUGAAGUAAGCGAAGAUCCUGUAGAUUUGUUCUGCGUGAGAGAUGCUCUUCACGAAAAAAAGUGUGCAACAAACGUCCUUCAUUCUGGAGAUAAUCAAGUGGACAGCAAAACUACUAAGCUGCUACUGAAAGACGGGAAUGAGUCUCCUGGAAUCAGUUCACUGGAUGCAGCCGAAGUGUUAUUUGCGAUGUCCAAAAAUGUACCGAAGAGCAGCAGUAAAGACCCAUACAAUGAUAUGAUGGAAGACGACGGUGGCUGCGAAGGUGUGAAGUUCCUUGGGUGUUGUCAACCCGAGUAUCCAGCUGGAGAUUGUAGCCGUCCAGAUUCAUACAUCCAAGGAAAUACUGAACCGUAUGUAGAGAUCCCGCAUUCAUCUGGUCAAAGUAAAGAGUCUGGCAAUGUAGACACGGCGAUUUGUAAAGCCUCGGUGUCUUCAAUGGAGUUCGCGCCUGAAGAGGAGGUGUUUGGUACAGUGUGCGGUGUGACACCCUCGCUGUCUCCCAGGACUCCAGUGCGAGACAAACCGCUGUGUCUCCAACCAGAAGGGAACCAGGCUCUGUGCCGUGCACCUGUCAGUGAACCGGACACUGACGCGGAAAUGACGCCAGAGAAAGAGUACGACCAGUCUUUCACCGUCACCACCAGACAACAAUGGAAGAACUUCGUGUCUGCGAUGCAAGUUCAGACGCGACUAAAGAAAGAAUCUGUCGAAGCAGACCGUACAAAACUCCGUGAUUCACUCAAACAAAGGAAGGAGGAAGAGGAGACAGAGUCACUAGAAUCGAAGGAGAAAUCGUCAUAUCAAUCGGAAAGAAACAUUCAACCCAGUUCUAAGAACUCACGACCCUUAAGUGACAAUAAACUACAGACGGGCAAAGCAGGCCCAACCGGAGUGAGAUCUUCAUACACCUGCCAGAUAUGCAAAAAGAAGUUUAAAAGUUACGCCAGGUUCUUCUACCACUUACGGCACUCUGUAAAGUGCGCCAAGGCUGGGAAACAGAGGCUCGGUCAGACAAAGUACGUCUGCAGAAUGUGCGAAGGGCAGUACGCCACCAACAAGGGAUAUGAGAAGCAUGGUUGUUUCAAAGAGAGGAUGCUCAGGCCAAGGAUCAGAAGAGUGUCUUACAACGAAGACAGCUAUGCUGAAAGUGACGUAAACACCUCGGCAAGUCAGGACAAUCAAUGUGCUGAUGGAGAAGACGUGAAGUUUGAAACAGAAUUUCCUUUAACGGAAGUUGCAGAGAUCUCCAAGGCAUUACAAACACACGAUGAGAGCUGUGAAAGUAAGGCACGAGCGAGUGAAUGCAUGACCAACCUUAUAGAUUCAGCCGAUGGUAUCGGGAAAGAACAAAGCUCUGACCGUAAUCUUAAAACGGAGAUAGUGAGUACAAUAGUUAAGAUGUUUGUUGAUGACCCUCAACCAGACUGUCCCAGUAAGACCGGGGAUAUAGACAAUAUUCAGCUGGAAACUUUACCUAGGGGUGUUCACUCGGACCCUAAUCAGAACACAGAUGGUCUAAUCACAAAGGAGAGGUCAAGAGAACCGUAUGCAGCAGCCCAAACCGUGCAAGAGUAUAGCGAUGAGAUGUUCCGAAGGGAGCUACAAGUGCUGGCAGAUGGGUUGGUUGACUCGUGGUUGGGAGAAACAACCUGUGCCACACACCAGUGUAGCCCGGGAGGGUCCGUCUAUGGAAACGUGUCUUUAGUCGGGAUGGACCAUACCUACUCCGCACAGGUCACAGCUGUGACGCCUACACAAGUCCUCCCGCCUACUGUAGCCAUGGACAUGCUCACAGCUGCUGUCACUGUUCCCAAGGAGUAGAAGGGAGUAGACUUUUUGGACCCCUACUUUCAGGAAAGUGUUUUUGGACUUUUCCAUGUUGCCUAUUGCUUUCAAAACAUCAACGGAAAAAGAUGAGGACGUUAAGCGUGCAAAAUUAGAAUGUUGGGCGACUGACUUGUGGUGACUUGGUUUGUGUUUCAUGAUUUCUCAAAUAUUUAUUUGAUUCUACAUAUUUAUUUUCAAUGCUAACUUCAAGCAUAUUAUUGUGAGAUAAUUUAUACAUAUGCAUCUUUCUCAGAGAAAGUAAAUGAAAGAAGAUAGCUUAUUUAUGUUUCCAACUGGCAAAAAUGUAUUUGAUAAAAGUUGAAAUUGAAAAAUAGCAGAAUCAUAUAUUUGCCCGUGAAUGAUUUGGUAAAGAAAAAGACCCAUUGCUUAUUCAUGCUAAUUUCGUUGUGUUUCUUAUAUCUAUCUAUACUACAUAAAGGCAUUAUUAGCCGUUGAUAGUGAAAUACAGUGAUAUAAACAGAAGAAUGUUUUGCAUUACCAGGGUUUAUGUUAGCAAUAUCAAUUCUGUUACGUUUGUUGUCCUGUAAGGUGGGCAUUCUUUAGCCAGUUAUCAGCUGAUUGUGUGUAACAACUCUGUUUUGCUAUACGGACUGGACUUCCCAAUGAAUGUAACGUUACCGCUGACAAAUUAAGUUAGGGCCGACGUCAAUGUACGACUACAGAAAUAAAGCACCAUUCCGUACUCCAGAAGAACGGGUUUCACAAUGAUCAGACCAUCUCAUCAGCGCACGCUUCAGGCU